CUUGACCCUCUUUCCCCUCCUCAAAAUAUCUUAACCAUCACCGUCCGAGUAUAUUUAAAAUUUUCAAAAAUGACUCAUAUUUUAAAAAUAUUAUUUUUUUUUAAAAAAAUCUUACGGUGAGUUAAAUACGGGGUGAAAUUAAGAUUUGAAUAUACAAUUAUAAUUUUGACUAUAUUUAUUUUAAAUAUUAAUAAAAGCAAAGCAAACAGGUAAAAAUUGGCAUUUAUUCAAUGACGGCAUUGUAUGCGAGAGGACUCCUUAAUUAUCUUUCGCCUCUGCGUCCAGAGAGUCAGUGAGGGUCACAUGGCGAGGCUGCAGGGCUGCUGCCUAGAACACCAUAAAUGGAGCGUUGAAAGAGCUGUCUACAGUCGCACGAACCCAACCUUUCCCACGAAAUUCCAGGUGCAGCUGUCCUCGUCGUCUUCCUCGAGUGUCACUGGGCACUGCCAGUGCUAAUGGCAGUGGCAGUCUCUCAGCAACAGCUGCAGGCAGCGAGACGACGACGACGCAUUUGUGGGUGUUUGAAAAAGUGUGAUGUGGUCAAUCGGAAAGUUAAGGCAGCCAGAGAGAAAGACCAGUAUUUUCUUCUUCAAUUUGACAACUCCAGUCCUGCGAGCAGGCUGCAGACGACUUGCUGCUGAAUUUUAACCAUGGAUCGAUCGAUCCAUCAAUCCGAUAUUAAAAAAUGAUUUCGCUCGUUCCAAAAAGAUCCAAUAUCCUCACGAUAAAUCUACCACCAGAAAUACCAAUUGCACUAGGGCAAUCAUGGAUCAAUCAAGUUUAGUCCUCGUUAAUAGAUAUGUAGAGUAGUAUGCAGUGGCACGUGCGGAUCAGCCAAAAAAAACGCCUUGUCUCUUUGACUUGACCCGCACGCCAUUGUUGUACGGGUAUAAAACUUCACAUUUCACAGCAAAGAAGCUUAUCGCCGCCUCGCCGGCACUGAAGUUGUAGGAGCAGAGGCUGAGAUCGGCCAUGGCUCUUCUCCGCCGCCGCCGUCUCUGCCUCUCCGCUGCCUUCGCUGUCCUCUUGUUCGCCGCAGCUCUCGGGACUGGAUUCGCUGCGAUCGCUCAGGCCUCGGAAGAGACGACGAGGCCGAAGCGAUCGGCGUUCGCCGUGCUCUUGACUCGGCGGCGACUCGUGGGAUCGCUCCCCCCGUCGUGCCGAGCCCGAUGCGGCCGGUGCUUCCCUUGCCGCCCGGUGCAGGUGGCGAUCCAACAGGCCGGUCGGAUCGUGCCGGAAGAGUACUACCCGGAAGCCUGGCGAUGCGAGUGCGGCAGCAAGCUCUUUAUGCCCUGAACUCAUCUAUUCGAUCUGUGCACAUAAUUGUAAUUCAAGAGUGGAUGAAUUAACAAGAACAAUUCGUUUGUUUGUUUGGUGACUGUGGAAUAAAAGUUUGCAUGUGCUCUGCAUUUCAUUCCUUC